GUCCGCCGAAGCCGGCGACGAGGCCAAGUUUUACAUCCCGCUGGUACAUUCUUGAGCACGUGGUGGACGGAGUCGCGUUCCUUCUCCGGCAUCUGGCCAUCGCCCACACAGCCUCAUGCCCACGUAUACCAUCGGCUUACGGAGACAAAGCUUGACCCGCUAUCUACCUGCCUACCUAGGCAGGUAAGGUAGUUGUGCCAGCCGGGGACUGCUGGAAAUGGGCAUUCGCCUGGACUCUCAAUCAUCAGCUUGGCCUGUGGUUGGGCAGGCCGCAGUGGAGGUUGAAGUCCCGUGGCCGCUGCGGUGCGGGGCUUCAGCUGUGAGCAUGACUGAUGAAAGGUACAUCUAUGUAAGUGGUGAUGUUACUAUAUGGAUCCAGAUAUCAAGGCACGCAGCCUGCUGUUUUCUCCUUUUUUUUGGUGUUCAUUUUCCACCCUUUCCCACAUCGCCUGCCAUUUGGGUGUAGGCUGCGACUGCAAUGGCCCUGCCCGUAGGCGUCAAGGUCCACGAAGAAUGGGACGAGGCGCAAUCAGAACGAAGGAAAGAGUGGCGCCGGCAGUUCUACGAGCAUUUCAAGACUCUCUCAGUCGAUAAACAGGUGCACGGCUGGGACCACUUCUGGCGCCUCAAAAUCACCCCCUGGGACCGCCAUCAACCCCAUCCAGCCCUGGUGCUCGCCCUGCGCGACCGCCACGACAUCUUCGCCGACGUCUUCAAACGCGUGCCCGGCAAGCGUCACCCGCGGCGCAAAACAGCGCUCAUCCCAGGCUGCGGCCGCGGCUACGACGUCCUCCUCUUCGCCUCCUAUGGCCUCAACGCCGUAGGCCUCGGCGCCGCGCCCGCCGCGCGCGAAGCAGCGCUCAGACUGCUCGCGGACCCCAUCAACACCCACCACUACCCGCUAAUGAACACGCACGCCGGCCAGGGCGAGGCGCGCAUCAUCACGGGCGACUUCUUCUCCACCAACUUCCUGUCGGAAACGCACGGCGCCACGGUGCCGGACGGCGAGCGCACCUUCGACUUCAUCUACGACUACAACUUCCUCAGCAUCAUCCCGCCCGUCUUCCGCUCGAAAUGGGCCGCUCGCAUGAGCCAGCUGUUGGCUCCCUCUGGCUACCUGAUUUGCAUCGAGUUCCCGCUCGGCAAGGACCCGGCGGCCGACAGUCCGCCGCACAGCCUUUCGAGCGCCUUGUAUGAGCAGCUGCUUGCUCGGCCCGGGGAGGAGGUGACGUACGAUGACACCGGGCGUGUGUAUACGGAUGCCUCGCUGGAGUCGGCGGAGAAUGCGCUGGUGAAGGUGGAGACGUGGGUGCCGGCGUCGACCUUUGAUGAUCAGCUCCAAGUCGGCCAGAUCAAGGUGUCCUUGUGGAAGCAUUUGAAGGCGGUCUACCCUUGAGCCCGAGGGAUCUCGUGACUAUUCCACUCCGUCUCGAGUUCUGGGUCCACCAUACUCCCUCUCGUGUGCAUUCUAUCCAAUCUCGAGCCUACUACUGGCAGAUGCAGCCCUUCGAGAUAAUCGUGAUCUCGACCGGCCUUCAUGACAGCAGGCCCGCGACCGCAGACCACCAGGCAAGAAAUGGCCUUGAGACAAAUUUGCCAUGACUUCUGUCGCCGCAGCAGCACACAAGGGAGAAGAAGCUCGAAUGCAUCCUCAGCCGGAAGUCAGUCGGGCACACAGCCCUGCAAUCCCAUCUCGAGACACCUGCAGCAAUGGAAAUGUAUAUCGUGUCAUAGAGUAGAGCAGACCAUCGAAAUACCACAAA